UAAAACAGGGAGCGGGUUUGUUUUGUUUGUGGCAACCAUUCUUUCCUUGUGAACGAAGCGAAAACUAGCUGAAAAUGUCUAAAUUACAGUUGUUGCAUGUGUUUUUAAAUGAACGUUUAAAGGCGGCUGCUGUGGAGAUUUUCGGAGCAGUUGAGAAAACGGUAGCGGAGUACCAGGAGGAGAAUUAUCGUCUACGGAGACUACUGCGGAUAACACCGGACAUAAAACCAUACUCCUUGCAGCUCUCUCUCGCUGUUUCUGAAGAGAAUAUUCCCUGUGAGCAGCAACACUUUGAGCAGGAGUGGAGCCCCAGUCUGGGGCAGGAGGACCCAGAGCCCACACCGAUUAAACAGGAACAUGAGGAACUCGGGCCCAGUCAGGAGGAAGAGCAGCUUCAAGGGCAGGAGGCUGACAUCAUAGAGUUCAAAUUACCUCAUCUUUAUUUGAAAAGUGAUUGUGAUCAGAUGAACCCUCUUCAUUCCUUGACUCUUCCCCAAACCCAGACGGUGGAGAACAGAGAGAGUGCCUCUAAAUCAGUGGAUCUCAUACCGUUUGUCACUGUUACCCACCUGAAGAGUCUUGACAUUCCCUGUGACACUCCAGAUAAUCAAAACAAUGCCUACAGUCACAGCUCAGCUGUAAGCAGUGACCCAGUAGGACUUGACAGCAGCCCACCAUUGGAUCCCAGUCCAUCAAUGGGGGAACACUGUUCCAAACCCAGCACCACGUCUAGAAAAAGUCACUGCUGCUGUGACUGUGGUGAAACGUUUGCUCUGAAAGCUGGCCUGCAGGGGCAUGUGACUCUCGCCAAGAAGAGACCCAGUGAAUGCUGCCUCUGCAAAAAAUGGUACAACUCCACCUGUAAAUUGAAGGCCCAUGUCAGACUCUGUCACGUGGAGAAACCCUCCACCUGCCCCUUUUGUGGAAAGACCUUCAAACUUAAAGGAGAUCUGUCCAGACAUACGAGGAUUCACACAGGAGAGAAACCAUUUAGCUGUGGAGACUGUGGUAAGAGUUUCAAUCAGAAGGGACACCUAACUGAACAUAUAAGGACUCACACAGGAGAGAAACCAUUUAGCUGUGGUGACUGUGGGAAAAGCUUCAUUCAGAAGGGGGACCUAAGGAGGCACGUACUGACUCACACCGGAGAGAAACCAUUUAGCUGUGGUGACUGUGGGAAAAGCUUUAAUCGGAAGGGGAACCUGAACUUGCACAUACUGACUCACACAGGAGAGAACGUCCACAAAUAAAGAAACAAGUAAAGAAAACAGAAUGAAAACACAAAGAGGAAACUAAUUAGGACAAAGACAUCUUGUCAGAAGAUGGACAACACGCUUUGGAAACUCUUGAUCAUUCAUUCUCUGGAUUUCAGACAAAUAGAUGUCAUGAAUUUACUUUUGUAAAUUUUAUUUUAUUUCACCUUUAUUUAACCAGGUAGGCAAGUUGAGAACAAGUUCUCAUUUACAAUUGCGACCUGGCCAAGAUAAGGCAAAGCUGUUCGACACAUACAACGACAGAGUUACACAUGGAGUAAAACAAACAUACAGUCAAUAAUACAGUAUAAACAAGUCUAUAUACGAUGUGAGCAAAUGAGGUGAGAUAAGGGAGGUAAAGGCAAAGUAAUUACAAUAUAGCAAGUAAAACACUGGAAUGGUAGAUUUGCAAUGGAAGACUGUGCAAAGUAGAAAUAAAAAUAAUGGGGAGCAAAAUAAAUAAAUAAAUUAAAUACAGUAGGGAAAGAGGUAGUUGUUUGGGCUAAAUUAUAGGUGGGCUAUGUACAGGUGCAGUAAUCUGUAAGAUGCUCUGACAGUUGGUGCUUAAAGCUAGUGAGGGAGAUAAGUGUUUCCAGUUUCAGAGAUUUUUGUAGUUUGUUCCAGUCAUUGGCAGCAGAGAACUGGAAGGAGAGCGGCCAAAGAAAGACUUGGUUUUGGGGGUGACUAGAGAGAUAUACCUGCUGGAGCGUGUGCUACAGGUGGGAGAUGCUAUGGUGACCAGCGAGCUGAGAUAAGGGGGACUUUACCUAGCAGGGUCUUGUAGAUGACAUGGAGCCAGUGGGUUUGGCGACGAGUAUGAAGCGAGGGCCAGCCAACGAGAGCGUACAGGUCGCAAUGGUGGGUAGUAUAUGGGGCUUUGGUGACAAAACGGAUUGCACUGUGAUAGACUGCAUCCAAUUUGUUGAGUAGGGUAUUGGAGGCUAUUUUGUAAAUGACAUCGCCAAAGUCGGGGAUUGGUAGGAUGGUCAGUUUUACAAGGGUAUGUUUGGCAGCAUGAGUGAAGGAUGCUUUGUUACGAAAUAGGAAAUGUUCUAUGUAAAAAAAUAAUUAAAAAUAAGUUUGAUUUAAUCUAAUUUCAGAGUAGUUUAAAACUCAUGGUCUGCUGUUCAAAGUCUCUUGAUGUAUUCACUUCAUUAUAAACAGGAAUUCCUGGUCGUUUGUUUUAAGAAUGUAUACGCCAAUAAAAUGUGUACUUGCAUUUGUCCAAUUUAAAUUUCCAGCAAUUUUGCAAUAAUGCUGCUCAUUUAUGAUAUUGAUGUAAUCUUGUAUAUAUAUAUUUUUUUUUAAAUACGGUUAUUGUUCAUACAGUGUCUAUGGUAGGAAACUACAGACUGAUAUAUGGUACGUUUCGUGUUUCCCUUCCUCAUGGAUAUGUGUAGGACUUUUGGAGCCAUAGGAGGGCAAUGUCUUGACCUUUAUGGCCAAGGACUGUGGCCAUACCCCUCUUUGUUGUCUGUUCCCCCAGGAUCACUACAUCACCAAACAUAGCACAAUCUGCAGCACUAACUGGAGAUACUGUCCUCAGACAUUGAAAAUCUAGGGCUCGAUUCAAUCGUAUCGCUGAAGAGCCGUGGUAUGGCGCAAUUUGAAUUUAAUUCAAGGUAAUUUCCGAUUGAGUCGACAUGCUGUUUUUUCUUACUGUGAAUGCAAUCACACGACGGCAGAAACACUGCCUUUACAUUUCAGUCGCUAUUGAGUCGAGCCCCUAAUUCCAUAAGCCUAUAUCAAGAUUCUGAUCACUUUCAUACACAGACUGAAAUCUCACACAUUUACAAAGCCUGCUUCUUCGUAUAUCUGACAGGGCAGAACAUAGAACCCAGCUCGUUGUCGGCCUUGCAAUCAUCCCUACAGAAGGCCAUGGAAGAAAUGGGUAGAGUCCCAUUUCUUGAAUCGGAAGUUUCUCAGGUCAAGCAAUCUCAGAUGGAUAUGCAAGAAGAUUUAUCGGUCAUAUUACAGAGGCUAGAUGAGACAGAGGGUCGGAUAUCAACGCUGGAAGACGACCAAACUGUCUGAGGAUCUCCACAGAAGGGUGCAAGCUAACCGAGACAGGGCGCCUCAAUUCAAUACUUUUAGGGUUCUGGAGGAUAGCAAGCAGAGGGAAUGUGUGAGUCAAAUUAUCUUGGAGGCUCUGGGGGUGGAUCUGGACUAAGCUGAGCUUCAACGACUCCACGGUUCUCUAGCACCAAUAACACGCGAGAAUCAGGUAGCCUAGUGGUUAGAGCGUUGGGCCAGUAACCCCAAGCUGACAAAUCCCCAAGCUGACGGUAAAAAUCUGCCAUUCUCCCCCUGAACCCACUGUUCCCCGGUGGGCUGUCAUUGUAAGUAAGAAUUUCUUCUUAACUGACUUGCCUGGUUCAAUACAGGUAAAAAGAAAUCUGCCACCUAAACCGAUCAUCAUCUGCUUUCCCAGGGAUCUGGUGAGAGAGAGAGCUGGCCAAUGUGUUGGGAGAAGAGAGAGUUAAGGGCUUCAAGCUAUCAUUCUUUCCCGAUAAAAAGGAGGCUUUUUACCGCAUCAAGGAACAAUGGAGUUGGAUGUAAGUUUCCUCAAGAAAAAUCCUCAAAAUUCCAUUGGUGGCAAUUCAGUGGUAGCGGGAGACUUUAACCAGGUCCAAGAUGGUAUUCUUGAUAAAACUACUUAUUGUCAAACUGUACCAAGGGACAGAGCAGCGACACACCUAUUAAUGAGGGAUCUGGGUCUGGUAGAUAUAUGGAGACUUGUCAAUCCUAGAGAGAAGGAACAUGCGUUUUAUUCACAUAACCAUUCAUAUCAUUCCAGGAUAGAUGACUUCCUAACUUCCAAGAGUAUGACUAGAGAGGUGAUGGGAUUGUGAAAUAAGGGUUAUUGCUUUGACAGGCCACACAACAGUGGAAUUAUGUAUAGCAGUUGAGGCUGAUAUGGCUACGAAUGGUACUGGAUGGAGGAUUAGUACGUCCUUGUUCCAAGGCAAAACAUUUCAUCUUUCCCUCAAUGAAGAUCUCAAGUGUUUUUUUUUUCCAAACAAAUAUUGGUUCCAUUGAUAGAUUGAGUAUGGUGUGGGAGGCCUCUA